AUGUCACUUAGCUGGAUCUGCCAAACUUAUUCAGAUUUCUUUAACUGGAACAAGGUGAAGAUACGCUAUUGUGAUGGUGCAUCCUUUGCUGGUCACCCAGAAAGUGAGGUUAGGAAAGGAAGUGGGUUGUUCUUCAGAGGCCAGAUCAUAUGGGAAACUAUUAUGAAUGAACUCUUAUCAAUUGGCAUGUCGAAAGCGAAGAAGGCUCUGUUGACAGGAUGCUCUGCUGGAGGAUUGGCAACUCUUAUACACUGUGAUAACUUCAGACAAUUACUUCCAAAAGGGGCUACUGUUAAAUGUCUCGCGGAUGCAGGCUUCUUCCUCAAUGAGAAGGAUAUUCUUGGAAAUAGCACAAUGAAAUCUUUCUAUCAGGAUGUUGUUCAGCUCCAGGGUGUUGCAAAAAGUUUGCACAAAGAGUGCCUUGCUAAAAUGGAACCAUCUAAGUGUUUCUUUUCAUCCGAAAUUCUGAAAAACAUAAAGACUCCUGUUUUUCUUGUUCACCCAGCUUAUGAUUUUUGGCAGAUACACAAUAUUUUGGUACCUCAAGGAUCAGAUCCUCAUCGUCGCUGGAAAAGCUGUAGAUUGAACAUUCAAAGUUGUGAUGCUAACUUGAUGGAUACACUUAACAAUUUUCGAAGUUCUUUGCUGAAGACUGUGAACGAGUUCCAGCAACGAAAGGAUAUUGGAAUGUUUAUAGAUUCCUGCUUUAUCCACUGCCAGACUUUGAUGGAAGAGACUUGGUUUUCACCUAAUUCUCCAAAAAUAAACGAUAAGACAAUUGCUGAAUCCGUUGCCGAUUGGUUCUUUGACCGACAAGUGGUAAAGCUUAUUGAUUGUCCUUAUCCAUGUAAUCCUACUUGCCAUAAUUUGGAUUUCGCCAGAGUAUAA